CUUUGAGUCAGGUACUUUCUUUUUCUUUUAUAAAAUAAAUACCGCAGCAACAUUGUUGAAAAUCUUCAUAUAUAUAUAUUUAAUUUAAAUCGUUUUGUUGUGUGCAUUUAGAAAAGUUGAUGUUCUUUCGAAUUCAGAUCUCCCGGUGGUGGUACCCGGAUGCGGGUUUCUACGGCGACGAGCGGAAAGCCAUGGCGGAAGACGGCCCUCAGGCAGCAAUGCCCAGCCGGGACGCCCCCAGACUGGACCUCGCAGAGGUGGGGUCCGAGCCAAGCAUGCUGCUCCGGAAGCUGAGGAGUAACAUUUCUAAGAACAUUCAGAGUAAAGUGGAUUUCAUCCUGCAAGAAGUCCAGCGUUUCUCUGACAGCGAUAAGCUCUACCUGUACCUGCAGCUGCCCUCCGGACCGGGGACGACCGAGAAGAGCGGUGGUGACUCCAACUCCUUCAACACGUCUGACCAGCUGCACGCAUGUAACUGGAUCCGGAGCCACCUGGAGGAGCAUGCGGACACCUGCCUGCCCAAGCAGGACGUGUACGAGGCCUACAGGAGAUACUGUGAUAACCUCCAGUACCGCUCCCUCAGUGCCGCCAACUUCGGCAAGAUCAUCCGCGACAUCUUCCCCAACAUCAAAGCCCGCAGGCUGGGGGGGCGGGGCCAGUCCAAGUACUGCUACAGCGGAAUUCGCCGGAAGAGCGUCCUGAACAUGCCCCUGCUGCCCAGCCUGGACCUCAAGAAUGACCCAUCGGAGCUGACGGAGCUGGUGCAGACGUACAAGCAGGAGGUGACGGAGGCCGCGUGCGAGCUCAUCUGCGACUGGGCGCAGAAGAUCCUGAAGCGCUCCUUCGACACCGUGGUGGAGAUCGCCCGCUUCCUGGUGCAGGAGCACAUCGUCAACCCCCGCUGCAGCCAGGCCGAGCUCAUCACCAGCGCCGCCCUGGCAGGUGGCUCCCCGAAGCCCCAUAAGGUGAUCAAGAGGAACGUGGCCCCGGCAAAAGGGGGCGGAGCAGACGGCGAAGGAGGCGGGCCUGAAAACAAGAAGGACAGAGAGAGGGGCGACCAGGCGUCACCAGGGAAACCAGCUCACGGGGAGAAGCCAGUGAAGGGGGCAGAGGGAGGGCGGGGCACAGCGGGGGGGGCGGGGGCUGGGGGUCGCGACCUGCAGGUGGAGGCGGUGAUGAAGCGCUACCCCCAGCUGCUGCCCCGCGGCUCGGUCCCGGACAAGACCCCGCCCCCAGCCUGCGCCCGCUCCUCCCCCCCGCCGCUGGCCCCCAAGGACGCGCUGAAGGUCACCCUGCCCAUCACCAUGACUACGCUGCCCCAGCAGCCGGGCGGGGCCACCGCCGUCUUCAACAUGAUCCUGCCCUCUGGGGUGAGCCUCUCCUACCCGGAGAGGGAGAAGGCCCCGCCCGUCACCGUGACAACCACGCCUGGCCCAGCCCCCAGCCCCAGUGUGCUGCAGAAGUCCCGCCUGGCGGCCCCUAAACGGGCCCCGGACCCGUCACCCGUCGAUGUGGCGGGGGCCACGCCCAUGAAGAGGAAGAGGGGCCGGCCCAGGAAGCCACGCCCUGAAGAGGCGGGGCAGUUGCUGCCCCCUUCCCCUGCCGGGCACACCCUCUCGCCCUUUACCGGUGGAGUGAUCCAGAAGGCCUCCUCCUCAUCUUCGUCCUCCUCCUCUUCCUCCUUGGCCCCCCAGCCCCCGCAGCAGCCCCCCCAGCCUGAAAUCAUGGAGAUCGUGAUCCAGGACCAGCACAUCCGCUUCCUGAGCGCAGUCCCCGCCUCCUCUUUGGAGGCUCCGCCCCUCCCGGCCACAGGAGGAGGGGCCACGGCCGUGACGGACAGCCCCCAGGGGCAGCAGAAGAGUGUUGUGGUGCAGUGUUACCGCCCGGGGGCCAGUGGCGAUGCCCGUCCCACCCUGGAGGGCCCCCUGGUGCUCCAGAGCCCAUGUGGCCAGCCGGCCAAACCGGGGGGGCCGAGCUGGGGGGUAGGCGGGGCCACUGUGGAGGUCAUCAGACGGGCCCCCAUGGCGCGGGAGGCGAAGGCCAACCCCCCUCCUCUUUCCACCCUGCCGGAGGAGAAGGAGCAGGAGCAGGAGGAGGUGGAGAUCAUCCUCACCCCCGUGGACUCUCUCUCCGAGCCCCCGGUUACCGCCAGCGCCUCGGCCGACGCCCCCUAGCCCUGCAUCUGCCUCCCCUCUGGUCUCCAUGGAGAUCAGGAAGCGUCAGUCCGGUCUCUCUGCUUCCAGGACGCGCUAACACACUCGUAGCACCCCUCCAGCCUCUCCCGCUCUUCCCGCCCCCUUUCCGUCCACCUGUGUUAUUGGUGGAAGUCUGAGAUUGGCGCUGGCAGCAGCCAACCAGAUGGAUGAAGCCAAGUCACUUGUAAAUUAGAAGGGGGAAAGCCCUCCUCUGAGCUCCAUUGUUUCUUGAUUAGAUGAAGCGCUUCGGUCCUCACAGUUACUGCAUGUUUCCUUGAGUGAGUGUAAGCCAGGAGCCCUUAGCAGCUUUACUUCUGAGUGUUUCAUCUUUAAGUCCUCCUGACGGCGUGGACUCUACGGGUAGAGAUAUUAUUUUUGUUUUACCUUUAAACCUGGAACCAGCUUGGCUCAUUUUAGCCUUACUGAAUUGUAGCCCUACACUAAAGGGCUAUAAUGAGCCAGUCUGGUUCCAUCGCUGCAGUGGGAAAGGGGUAUAAUGAGCCAGCCUGGUUCAGCUCUACAGUGGGAAAGGGCUGUAAUGAGCCAGCCUGGUUCCAGCUCUACAGUG